GGCGUCAUUGAAAAAUUGUUAUUUGAUAUUUUGCUGCGCUCAUAAUUUUCAAAUAUUUGUGUCGUCAAAACGCUAUAGUGUGUACUAUUUAACCUAACAAUUGCCAUGGCAAUUCCUGUGCAUUAGCGUUUGUUAGAGAUUGUUUUCAUGUUGAGGUUAUUUUGUUUUCAUAGUACCGACAAUUUCAACAAUUUGUGAAAAUGGUGAUACAGAAAGUUCAUGGUAUUCAUGCUACCGGGGUGAGCCUCCACGAGCGCUUUUCUAUGUUGGCACAGGCGGCACCAGAUCGUGUUGCUAUGCGGCAGAGAAGGCGGUCCUUGGUGAAUCAAAAUUUAAACUAUGGGGACCGACUGCUUGAGCAGGUCGCUCGGCAACUACAACAGCAGCAAGCUAGGAAACAAGCACUGAGGCAGCGUUUAGGACUCCCACAGCCUGGUCUGCGCCGGUUUGGUAGUGAAGGUAGCCUCGCAGGUUUGAAGAGGUCAAAUAGCUUUGGAAACCUCAGCCAGCAGAGUGUGAAGAAUAGAGUAGCUUGGAGACAAUCUAAUUUUAAUCUAAGUAGGUCAUCAUCUUUCAACAAUUUUAAUAACUUAGCCUGGUACGGGCGGGCGCUGCGCGGGUUCCGUAAGCGAGGCAGUGCAUUACGCGGACGAUUCAGGGCGGGUCGUCAAGGCGUGGGCCGCAUGAGCCAGCAGCGCGUGGGCUUCCAGCAGCGGCGCGGGGCGGCGCGGCGCGGCCUGCAGCAGCAGCAGCGGAGGGCGCCCGCGACGCCCGCGCAGCAGCACGCGCAGCCGCGACCGCAACUCGCGCGACGCGGGGCCGGCAGGGGUCGGGGGAGAGGCGGGCUCAGUCGCAGCCAAUCCCAGUCACGGCUCCUGUCCAAGGAGGAGCUGGACGCGCAGCUGGACCAGUACAUGUCGUGCACGAAGGCCGCGCUCGACCAGCAGCUAGACAACUACAUGAAGAGCGCCAUGGAACUAGAAUAGAACAUUAUACUUUUGUGUAUUCAUCUAAUCUUGCAACAACACGACUUGGAUUACAGUGUACUAUUGCUUAGAGAUAUAUGACAAAUAUUGGACCACUUUUUUUAACAAAUUUAUUCACUUAUCUUCUUUUUGCGACUUUACAAGAGUAUUGCUUUAUUUAUAAUAAGAUUACCUAAAUGACGAAAUAAACCAAUUUUUCAUACCCGGUCAUCAUCUCCACACAAAUGCGGAUUGGCAAGUAACUUGAACACACAUCUUGAUAUAAAAGUAGGAACGUCAAAGCGUCUGCAAUUAACGAGAUAAAAUAACACGUUAUCUGUUACUGGGUUAUAUCUUAAUCAAGUCACAGGUACUAAAAACAAUUAAUAGAUUAUUUGGCCCUAAAGUUAAGUUGUUUUUUUGUAUUGCCAUCUAAGGGACCUCAUAUUUUUCUAUAUUCAUUGCAGCUCAUUAAAAAUAAGAAUGUGGAUGCUGUCACUUAAAAUAUCAUAGAAAUCGUUAAUGAAAAUUGUCAGAUAUAUUGUCAUUGGGCCACCACAACAAAAUUCUCAUUUUCGUAAAUUGUUGUAGACCUAUGAACAGUUUCAUAUGUAUAAGGUGCAAGUUCAAAUCUGUGUGCGUUUCAAAAUUGUGUGUUGUAAAUUUUUCAUAAUAACAUUGUUAGGAAAUCUGUAUUCCAAAAAUUUUAAUUUGGAAUUGUCAACCUUCAUUGAGAUAGCCUAGUGAUCAACUCUCAAUCCUCUGUAUGAAAAAACACCUGUACCCAACGGUAGGAUGGUUAAAGGUAGGUUUUAUUGCUUUAUAUUCAAAUGCAAGAAUAAAUGAAUACACAAAGUGGCCUAGAAAAUGUUGAGAAUCAAGCUGCUUAAUUAACCGAAUCCCAAUUUAAAAUUAUUAACUACGCACUGCGUCGUUUACUUGAAGUUAAUUUUAACAGGUCAACAUGCGCAAGUUAUUUCAUCUAGGCUUUAGUUUUAAUAAGAUGACUUGUUAAAACAUGGACUACAAAUUUUGUUAAAUUUGAAAACGGAAAUACUCGAAACAAGCUGAAUUUUCAAACAUCUAUUUUUGGUUAGUACUGUUAUGUACAAAUUUGAUUCUAAAAUAAAAAAAAAUGUCUAAAUUAAUCAUUUCUGAAAUGAUAUAUAGUUUAGUUAAAUAUAAGGACGAAUGAAUAGAGUGAUAAAUCAAGAAUAAGCUGUUGAUUUUUACCUUUUUUUUUGUUUUGUACCAAAUGAAGAAUGUUUGUGUUGAAGUUUUUUUUUUUUUCAAUUUUUAUGUAGCUAAUUCUGUUUUGAUUCUGAUUACUUUUAAGACUCGAUAGAUUACGCAAGUAGAAUGUUUUUAUUUUUCCUGUUUGUGUUGUAAGUGUAAAAAAAGUUGUAAUACUCAUUACAUUUUACCAAUGCACGGUAAGUGACUGGGUAAAAAUAUCUCUUAUAUUUCAUCUGUAUUAGAUAAAAAUAGACACGUUUCUUAUUGAGCCACACAUUUGUUUUUUUUUUUUAUAUUUAGAAAUGACGUUACCGGUGCCGUCGUUGCUAGUUUGCGAUGUCUAAAAAAGAAAAAAGAAACGUUGUAUUUUAACAUUAUAUAAUUGACGCCAUUUUUAUAUGUACUUGCUAAUUGUUCAAGUUACUUGCCGAACUUAAGUAUUUCCUAAUAUAUGUCUUACCAUUGUUUUUGAUAGUCGCACUUAAAUAUGGUAAUAUUAAAAUGUAUCUAAGUGUAAAUACAUAGAGGUAAGAUUUGAUAGAGCAUAAUAAACUUAAGAAAAG